AUGGGGGCGGAUGCGAGCGAGGAGGUGGAGAGGGUGGUGAAGGAGGAGGAGGAGAUGAGGGGUGUCGGUGGGGAUGCAGGUAGGGAGGUAGAGGAAGGAACGGCGGCGCAGGGUGUAAAAGCGAGCAUGAGAGCAUGGGCAGAGAGAGCUCUAUACAGCCCGUCUUACGACCUGUAG